UGUUAAAUGUGAAGUUUUUUGAGGGUGUUGAAUGAUUUUGCAGGAUGUAGAGGCGCCAGUUUGUACCGUGAUGCUGAAGGAAGUCGGUUGCGGUAGCGGUACACCCCCACCAAGGGACGUGACAGCUGGACGUCGAGAGAAUCAGGGGGAUUCGGGGAAUUCCGAGGGUGGACUCGCUUGCGGGGGCUGCGGUCGUGAUAUAGCGGAGAGAUGGUACCUGAGGGCUGCUGAUCGUGCCUGGCACUGCGGAUGUCUUCGGUGCUGCCAUUGCCGUGUGCCCCUCGCUGCUGAACUCACUUGCUUCUCGAGGGAUGAAAAUAUUUACUGCAAAGAAGAUUAUUAUAGGCUCUUUGCUGUUUCGAGAUGCUCACGAUGUCGUGCUGGUAUAUCUGCAUCGGAACUUGUGAUGAGAGCCAGAGAACUUGUCUACCACGUCGCCUGCUUUGUGUGCGCGUCUUGUGGAGUUCCGUUGAAUAAGGGAGAUCACUUUGGACAGAGAGAUGGUCUUGUCUAUUGCAGACCUCACUACGAAUUGAUCUGCUGUACCGCGGACUACGGCAGUACACCCGGGAGCAUUGAGGAUCUUGGCUCCCCAGGAGUAUCGCCGUUGCCCUCGUAUUACAGCGCCCCAGAGCAGAGCCCGGUGGCCUCAGUUGGUUCAGUCCAAAAGGGUCGUCCGAGAAAGCGAAAAUUAUCCGAAGUAACUGGAUCCGAGAUGCCAGUGACAAUGAGACUAUCAUCGGGUGCUCUUGAACUCCUCCAUCCGAAUGAAUUGUCGUCGUCCAUGGAGUCGUUGACCGCUUAUGACACAUCGGUGGGCUCACCAGGUCCUGUCCAUCAAAGCCAGAGGACGAAACGAAUGAGAACGAGCUUUAAGCAUCAUCAGUUGAGAACUAUGAAAAGCUAUUUUGCUAUUAAUCAGAAUCCUGAUGCUAAGGAUCUCAAACAACUGGCGCAGAAGACGGGGCUGUCCAAACGCGUCCUCCAGGUCUGGUUCCAAAAUGCCCGAGCCAAAUGGCGCCGUAACAUGAUGCGCCAGGAGGGUAACCAUGGUGCCAGCAACGUGGGUUGUCCAGGAACUCCAGUCUCCUCAUCCACUGGCAACUCCCCGAACAUUGGACCAAAUUCAGCAUUCCUGGGUGACAGCAACAGCCAGCCCUCAACUUCAAUGGAAGAGAUCCACGCACUCCAUCAUCUUCAUUCCGGUGUGUCAUCGCAAGUAUCAUUCUCAGAUCUCUAUUGACAACGAAUCGAGGAAGAGGACGGCUUCUCUUCUGGAUAUCCUGGAUAAAUGUGAGAAUGUUUAUUAAUCCAAGAAAAGACUUACGGUGCUACGUAUUUCUGAUUUGAUCUCAAUAAUUCCUCCUGUAAACUCUGCAAGACUAGAUACCAGUAAGAACCUGAGGAAAUUGAGUUCAUGUGAACAUUCGACUAGUCACUAGGAGGUAAUACACCAGUUUAUUUCGUUGAAAUUUAUUCGUUUAGACGUAAUACGUGAUAAUAAUCGUAGUUCCAUGGCAGAUCCGAAUUACCAAAGUGGUUAGACAAUAGUUUUGAAAGUGUGUUGACAGUGAGUGAUUGAAAGGGCAACGUUUCCAAUAAUCAUGAGCAUUUCGUUUUCAUUCUCAUCAACGAAUCAACAACUCGGUUGUCAUUCUGCUGUUUUUAAUGUCACAAUAUCCACGGGAAUGAAUGAAUUUAAUUAAAGUGCAUUGUAAAUUGAAUCGAGAAAAAAAAACAUAUGUAAAAUGUGUGAUGUAUAGAUGAAUAAUUAUGCUACUUCAACAACCCACAGUCUCAUCUUCCUCCUUGCAUGAUCAAUUUGCUUCGAGAUAAGGGAAUUACCACGAGGACAUGUACAUUUUCGAAGUGGAAGGAAGAAACUCAGCUCUCGUGUUGCCACCGAGAAUCCUAAUUAGCAUCAAAUUAGGUAUUUAAAGAUUUCACGAGGACACAAAAGCCGAGGAAGAGGGGGAGGAGCGCUUGUCUGAUUUGGCUAGCCUACUUAAAACCUGUGUAAAUUGUUGUUACUAUAAUACGUAUAAUUUAGAACACGCGCGUGUUGAACCACUCACUACUCUUCUUCGCGCCCAGAGACAAGCACAACCGACUAGUGUCUAUAUAAGUUUAGUUUUAAAACACACAUGUACUA